AUGACAGACAGGUACCGCCCCCUCCCGGUUUUAUACUUCCGGUGAGCUAAAGCGAGAGGCACUUUUGCUAAUGACAGGCACUUUUGCUAAUGACAAAUUCUAGUAAUUUGUGCUGUAGCAGGAGGCUUAAACAAUUCUAAUAUGAGUUCGGGUUCAACUUGUGCUGUUGUUGGCUGUCACAACAGCUCCAGAAAACUGAAAGACGAGCUAGAAACGUAUUGUUUUGCACAUCAACAACUUCGAAAGGCCUGUGUGUGCCCAGUGCGUUACGAACUGCACUCCAUGCCGAGGAAGGAGGAUCGAAAACGAGCGUGGCUGGCAGCUUUAAAACUCAAAUACCCCCCGAAGAGAGUUUAUGUUUGCUCCUUUCAUUUUAUUGAUAAAAAGCCCACAGAGCUUCACCCCGACCCGGAGCUCUAUCUGGGCUAUGACCGGGCCCCACCAAAGAAAAGAAGGCAGCUCAUCCGGACCACUGUGAGCCAGACAGCUUCCAGCAACAUCGACAAAACGGCCGAAUCUGUUCCCGAGUGCACCGUAGAUUCACCGUCAGUCAUCCCAGACCUGGCUAGCGUCUCCACACAACCUCCUGGGCCACAUCUGCACUCAGUCCACACACAGUGGGAGGACCCUUCGCUAAAAGAUCAUCAUCAAUACUGCAACACGUCUGGCAGAAAAGAUGUCCAGGACAAGACGACUCAGUGUGAUGAAGUUGCAUUUUUUCUUCUACAAAAUGACGCAGACGCUUUGCUUUGA